AUGGAUGAAAAAUCAAUUACAUGUCAUUGUCCUGGAGAUGGUUCUUUACUCGGACGCGUGGAUCUUCAUCAGCCUGGCGACAUUGACCGAUCAAUUCGCUUGGCCGAAGAGGCACAAAAAUCAUGGAAGAAAACAUCAUUUACAGAAAGAAAACAGUUUCUGUUAGCAUUGAAGAAAAACAUCUUAAAAAACCAAGAUAAAUAUGCAGAGAUCGCUUGCAAGGACACUGGUAAAACACUUGUCGAUGCUGCAUUUGGAGAGAUUUUGGUAACAUUGGAGAAAAUUAAUUGGACCUUGAAAAAUGGAGAACAGUCGCUCCGUCCUACAAAACGUCCUACGUCUCUUCUCACUUCCUAUAAACAUGGUUACGUCCAAUACGAGCCUAUUGGUGUAAUUGCUGCUCUUGUAAGUUGGAACUAUCCUUUGCACAAUGCCCUUGGUCCCAUUAUUUCUGCUCUUUUCGCAGGAAAUGCAAUCGUUAUCAAAGGAAGUGAGUUAACCGCUUGGUCAACCCAUCAGUACUGUCAGAUAGUUCGUCAACUGUUAGAGUCUUUGGGUCAUAAUCCUGAGUUAGUUCAAUGUGUCACCUGUCUUCCAAAGGUAGCUGAUUAUUUGACAAGUCAUCCUGGGCUUCGUCAUAUAACCUUUAUUGGUUCCCAAUCGGUUGCUAAACUAGUCGCCGCUUCAGCUGCCAAACAGUUAACGCCGCUCUGUCUGGAGCUCGGUGGUAAGGAUCCUUGUAUCCUUAAUGAUGAUCAUCGACUAGAAGAAGUUCUUUCUAUUGUUAUGCGUGGUGUAUUUCAAAGUGCUGGUCAAAACUGUAUUGGUAUUGAACGAAUAAUUGCCUUGGAUACCAUAUAUGAUGCUGUUAUCGCCAGGUUGUACAACAGAAUUGCACCAAUGCGGCUUGGUAUGUAUACGGAGAAAGAGGUGGAUAUGGGCGCAAUGGUUUCCAAUAACCGCUUUGACCAUCUUGAAGAAUUGAUUCAAGAUGCCGUAAAACAGGGCGCUCGUUUGGUUUGUGGUGGAACUCGUUACCAUCAUCCGAAGUAUCCAAAUGGUUUCUAUUUUCUUCCUACUUUGCUUGUGGAUGUUACGAAUGAAAUGAAGAUUGCUCAAGAAGAAUGCUUUGCUCCUAUUGCUUUAGUUUUUCGUGCUAAUGACCAAGAACAUGCUCUGCAGAUUGCAAAUGGCACUAGCUUUGGUUUGGGUGCUUCUGUAUUCAGUAAAGACAAGAAAGUAUGUGAAUACUAUGUCGAAAAUUUGGAAAGCGGUAUGGUCGCUGUGAAUGAUUUUGGUGCAUUUUAUUUACUGCAAAUGCCCUUCGGUGGUUGUAAACAGAGUGGGUAUGGACGUUUCGCUGGAUAUGAAGGCCUUCAAGGCAUUUGUAAUUCCAAAUCCGUUGCUUGCGAUCGGUUCAAUUCAAUCCAUACUGGUAUUCCACCUGCUGUCGACUAUCCAAUUCCUGAUUCCCAAAAAGCAUGGCAGUUUGUUCGCGGUUUGAUGGGCACCGUCUAUGGCGCAUGGACUGGACUGUUACCAAAUGUUUAUAAACUUAUACGAAAUUCCUAA